GGUAAGGCAAGCCUGCGGUGCCUUAUAAAACCCUCCCAGCCUCGGUGGCCUGCAGUAGCACUGGUCUCUGGCUGCCCUCCACAUUCCUGCGUUUGGUGGUUAAGGCGAGGCUGGGAAGAUGACAAAGCUGGAAGACCAUCUGGAGGGAAUUAUCAAUGUCUACCACCACUACUCGGUCCGGGUGGGAGAUUAUGAUACCCUCUCCAGGGGGGAGCUGAAGAGGCUGAUCACAAAGGAACUUGCAAACACCAUCAAGAACAACAAAGAUCAAGCUACCAUUGACAAAAUAUUUCAAGAUUUGGAUACGAACAAAGACGGAGAGGUCACUUUUAACGAAUUCAUAAAGCUGGUGUCCACUGUGCUGCUCACGGCUCACCAAGACAUCCACAAAGAACAGGAGAGCUGAGGACAGCCCCGCAGGCUCCCGGAAGAUCUUCCUUCUCUUCCCUAUCCCAGCCUUGCCCGAGGGCGAUGAGAGUUAAUAAAUGUUUUCCUGAAAAGUUC